GUUCGUUUUGUGUCAGACAUCUGAGUAACCGAGGAGAUCCAGGAGAUGGUUUCUAAUUCCCUGAACGUAGACAGACAGCGGUGAAGAUUGUAUAAUUAUUGUAACUUUGUUAUGGUUGACUUGUUGACAAAAGCUUACAAUUUAAUCUAAAGAAGUUAGCUAACAGCGAGCCUGUGUGUAUUCGUACAUUGUUAUUUUAUCGUAGCUCACUAGCUGGUAAGCUAACAUUAGCUAGCAAGCUAACUAGCUAACUAACUAAAUAGCUGAGCCCGGAUGCGGUGAACUACAACAAGACAAGUCUUUGGCCUUGGAAGAAUUGGGCAUCAGGCUUGAAUUAUGUCAAGCAACCGUCAACAGCAAACUAGCGGUGGAACGGGGCCUGGGACAAGUAGCAGCAGUACCGGUGGCACUACCAAUGCUAACGGUGCUACCAGCGUAGGCGGUAACGUCAGUACGAAUGUGAAUAAUUCUUCAAAUGUUGUGCCCUCACGGACUCUGGCUACAACUGGCGAUGGGUUGCUCGUACCUGCCGCGGCUGUCCAGUCUCCAAUAAGCUUAGCCACACUUAGCAGACCCAGUUCAUCCUCUUCUGGCACCAGCAGAAAACGUCCUCUCCACCAAGCACCUCUCUACAAUGGUCUCUUGAAUUCCUACGAAGAUAAAAGCAACGAUUUUGUGUGCCCGAUCUGUUUUGAAAUGAUUGAGGAGGCACACAUGACAAAAUGUGGACACAGUUUCUGUUACAAGUGCAUUCGCCAGAGUUUGGAGGACAGCAAUAGGUGCCCAAAAUGUAACUACAUCAUUGACAACGUGGAUCAGCUCUAUCCAAACUUUCUUGUCAAUGAACUCAUUCUCAAACAAAAACAGAGAUCAGAUGAAAAACGGCUGAAGAUGGACCAUCCGAAUGGGUCGAGAUGGCAAGUGUUUCAAGACGUCCUGGGCACAGACCAAGAAAACCUAGAUCUUGCUAAUGUCAACUUAAUGCUGGAACUCCUUGUACAGAAAAAGAAACAGCUGGAAGCGGAAUCACAAGCUGCUCAACGUCAGAUCUUAAUGGAAUUCCUCAAAGAAGCAAGAAGAAAUAAAAGAGAGCAACUGGAGCAGUUGCAGAAGGAGCUAAACUUUUUGGAGGAGGAUAUCAAGCGUGUUGAGGAAAUGAGUGGACUGUACUCACCAAUGAGUGACAUGGAUCGUAACUUGGACAGCACUGUGCCCAAUUUCGAGGCUCCAUCACCUGCACCUAGUAGUCUUAUGGAUUCGACAGAGUAUCCGAGUCAACCACCAGGUUUUGGUGGAACUUCCCAGGGUAAGAGGCAAACGUGGUACAACAGUACUCUGGCUUCACGUAGAAAGAGGCUCACAGCGCACUUUGAAGAUCUGGAGCAAUGCUACUUCUCUAACCGGAUGACCAGAUUAACAGAUGACAGCAGGAACCUAAAUCAACUGGAUGAUUUCAUGGAGUGUCUCUCCAAGUUCACACGGUACAACUCUGUGCGGCCGUUGGCGACCCUUUCUUAUGCUAGUGAUCUCUACAACGGCUCCAGUAUUGUCUCUAGCAUUGAAUUUGAUCGUGACUGUGAUUACUUUGCCAUCGCUGGCGUCACCAAGAAAAUCAAGGUGUUUGAGUAUGGAACAGUGAUCCAGGAUGCUGUGGACAUUCAUUACCCUGUCAAUGAAAUGACGUGCAACUCCAAAAUCAGCUGUAUCAGCUGGAGCAGCUACCACAAGAAUCUGUUGGCUAGCAGCGACUACGAGGGAACAGUCAUCCUGUGGGAUGGUUUCACUGGCCAAAGGUCAAAGGUCUAUCAGGAGCAUGAGAAAAGAUGUUGGAGUGUCGAUUUCAACCUCAUGGAUCCCAAGCUUCUAGCCUCUGGUUCUGAUGAUGCGAAAGUGAAGUUAUGGUCUACCAACCUUGACAAUUCAGUCGCCAGCAUCGAGGCCAAAGCAAAUGUGUGCUGUGUAAAGUUCAGUCCCACAUCGAGGUAUCACCUUGCUUUUGGAUGUGCGGACCACUGUGUCCACUACUACGACCUCCGCAACACUAAACAGCCCAUCAUGGUGUUCAAAGGCCACAGGAAAGCUGUGUCCUAUGCUAAGUUUGUCAACGGAGAGGAAAUUGUAUCUGCCUCAACAGACAGCCAGCUAAAGCUGUGGAAUGUAAACAAGCCCCACUGCUUGCGCUCAUUCAAGGGCCACAUCAAUGAGAAGAACUUUGUUGGCCUCGCCUCCAAUGGGGACUAUGUUGCGUGUGGAAGUGAGAACAACUCACUUUAUCUCUACUACAAGGGGCUGUCCAAGACACUGCUGACGUUCAAGUUUGACACUGUGAAGAGUGUGUUGGAUAAAGACAAGAAAGAGGAUGACACCAAUGAGUUUGUCAGCGCCGUAUGCUGGAGAGCUAUGCCUGACGGGGAGUCCAAUGUGCUGAUUGCUGCAAACAGUCAAGGAACAAUCAAGGUUUGUUUUGUGAUUGUAUUUUACUCAGCCCAGUUCCCCAAUAGUGAUGAACUUAAGCUUACGAGUGUUGAAGACAGCUGAAGAUAUAACAUGAGUUUUCCAAAACACCAUGUAGAGAGGACGGUGACUGCAUGAACAUUUUUCAUUUGAAUUAUCAUUUUAUAAUACAUUGCUUGUUUGUAUCAAUUGCAAAGACAUUGGCAACAUUUGUUAACUUGGUUAUGAAGUUAUUGGCAGUCAUAGAGAGAUGGAUAACAAAGAGAUGGACCAUCUCGGAUAUUUAACGAUGCUCCUGCCAAGGUUCUUACCCUUAAGAUGCUUUUGGGAAACCGAGCACUGAACUCUGCCAAUGUAUUUAGCAUUGUCUUUCUCUGGUUUGGGAACUCAGGGGUUAAAGUUCUCCGUCACUACUACGGAUUUCUGUCAUAUGGAUUCUAGAGAGGUCGUUUUUGAGAUCAGUGUCGAUCCGCAAUAAACUUAUCUGGGGAGAGGGGUGGUUUAGAGAUGACAUUGCCUAAUACUGAAGAACAAAAUAUAUUUCCUUUUUUGUACUCUAUUGCUCCUCUUUGACCUCACAACUUCCCAUCAAACCAACACAUGAAUGCCCUACUUGAAGUUUGUCUAAAAAGCACUGUUUUGCUCUUUACCCUUUAGUGUGUAUACUUGGGUUAUCACUUUUCACAGGUAAAUUGUACAAAAUCAGUGGAGGACGUCAUUAAGUUUGUCAUUGGAUUUUUUUUGGAGUGGCUGCGUGAAGUGUAUCAGGUUUGUCAGCCUAGGAAAAAUGUAGGCUACAUGGUUUAUUCUUUCUGCUCACCUGUAUUUUUCUUUCUCUAUAGGUACUUGAGCUUGUUUAAGAUCCUUCAGAUCUCAUCAAAGCCUCUGGAAAUUACGGCUCCAUUUCUUUCAUGGCCAGUCCGGGGAUUGGAGCGUAUAGGUUCUUGGUCGAAUAGAAACUUUGCAAUUCUAGAUCUGAGGAGCUGACCAGAUUGGGAGAACGAAUAAAACCAAAGUCCUUUGAUUUUAAUGAGCAAGAAUACUUUGGAAAAGACUUUGUGUACAUCAUACACUAGGAUUGUGGAUGUAUGUAAUUCAGAAUGAGAUUGAGGGUUUUUCACAAAAGUAGAGGAUUAAUCUUUUGAAAGCCUCUAUUUGAAUAAAGUUAAUGACUAAUAGAACAUCUCUUAACAUGAUUUGAAAUUGAAUGGAAAUGUUAUUUUUAAUAAACUUGUUAAGUGUAUUUCAUAAGAGGUACAUCCAACAAGAAGGCCAAAGCACAAGACAAAACAAAAAUAAAAUGCAAAAUGACUCAUUGUAUGAAUGCAUUUUCAAACCAAUGUAUACAUCUGUCAUCCUUUUCAAUAGUCUUUGGUUUAGACUGUUUGAUGUUUCAAGCAAUGGCAACAUCUUUUAACUGGACUUGUUUUCAUUCGGCAAUCAAGCUUUCAGUGGCAUGGCUUAGAGUCAAGAAUUUUGAGUUUGAAAAUGCAACGGAAGAUUGACUAAUGACUCCGAGACAUUUCACUCAUGUUACAGUAUAUUUUUUAUUUUGUCAGUGAACAUGUAUUUGAUAAUACAAAUCCUGUCUCCAAAAUACUUUCAUUUUGUAUUAAAAUCAUGAUACAUGUUGCAACCAGAACACGUCCAACACAAGUGGAUUUGCUAGAAUGCCAAGAUGUACCUAUUUUCUGAAAAACAACCAAGAGAUGUUCUGUAUUUGUAUACCUAAAUAAAUUAUUUGCAGAGAA